AUGAUGCGAAGAACGAGUUCCGUAUUAGCAGCUUUCUACGUCCUGUCGUGCUUUUCAGGUAAUUGGUUCUAUUUUUAGGGUUUACUGAUUAGUGGAAAAAAAAUGCUUUGGUAAAAUUUCUAUUUCAAUGAUGUCUGAUUUGAUUCCAAAUAUCCCGAAAAGGGUGUGGAACGCAAAAUUUAAAUGUUAUGAGGGUUUUGGAAUAAUUAGAACACAAUCUAUAAGUUUUUGUAGGUUGAAAUCAAACCUGAUGUUUAAACUUUUCAUUGGAAAUGUUUAAAAGCGACUUAUUUGUAGCACGAGGAUCCUCGAAAGAGCAGUUGCCUCAAAUUCUGCGGUACGAAGAACCGUCGGGGCAUGACUUUGUCUCUCUGAAGCGGGUACGGAGAGCUUCAGAAGCGAGGAAAGUCUUCGGACCGCGCGACGACAACGACGAGGACGACAAAAGUCCGAUGACGUGGACUGUGCCUCCGGAAAUCGCCGUCCAGAAUGAUACCGUUUGCUUUGCUCCAUUUUUAGAAAAAGAAUAACUUUUGAUUAUUACUCAUUUGCUAGCUUUUCUAUCCACUAAAGGCAUAAGGUUGGUUACAUCUAGCUUCUUAAAACACAGAAUUUUCACAAUCUUGCGAAGAGCUCUCAUAAUGAUUCUAUCCAGUAAAAGUUUUAUUUGAAAUUUUUUUUUUGAAUUUUAAACUUUUUGCAAUUAAAUACAAUUUACUUCUCUGGAAACACAUGAGCUGUAUUUUUGAGCCCAGGGGAUCGAACUUUCUAGUUUUGUAGAAAGAAGGUGGGGGCAGUUAUUUUGGUAACUUGAUUGAAGCCAAAAAUUCUUGCCCCGCUGAGAUUUUUUCUUCGUACUUUCAAUCAAUUUUUAACCGUCGGAGAUUUAUUUCAUGCUCAAAGAUGAAACGAAUGUCGAAAGCUCAAGAAAGGCUUUCACCCAAUUUUGUGGACUAUAUCGCAGCGAGAUUAACGCUAUACCGCGGGGGAGCCGCGAGCGAUAUCGCUCGUCUCUCGCUGCGGCCUCGCAAACGUCUUGCGCUAUAUCGCUCUCUGAAAAAUUUUUCUUAAAAAAAGUUUUUUUCUUGAAUUUGAUUGAUUUCAUCAUAAAAGUCAAAAAUAAAGCAAAAAAAAUGUUUUUCAAAUUUCAAAUUUUUGAGAGGGAGCGAUAUGGCAGCGAGACUUUGGCGAGAUCGCAGCGAGAAGCCUCGGCUAUAUCGCGUGCGGCCCGCUGCGAUAUUGGCAAUUAUGUUGGGUGUUGCUUUUCUUCAUUAGAACAAAAUUGCAAGCUCAGAACAACUUUCGAAAACAUUUCUAGUUAUAGCCUUGAAAAGUUGAAAAUUGUAGGUAGACCACCAAUACUACGUGAUGCACACGAUAACCAACAGCGAGGAGGAGCUGAAGAAGCACUGGGUCGACGUCGAUCGACUUCUCGAGAAGCCCGGCGUCGUCGGAAACCGGAGCCAUCCCUUGCUCUACAAAAGCUAUCGACGCGCCGUGGUUCGUCAUUCUUUUCCUCCUUUUGUAUAUCUUCUUUUUGCCUCUUUGUAAUAGUGCUUCAAGUAGUGAUGAUCUUGAAAAAAUACAAGUUCGAGUUCAAAUUCAUUCAGUAUUCAGAAAAGUCACUGAAUCAUAAAUUAAAUGAAAAGUUGAUCGUCGAUUCGCGGGAUUGCGUGGACCGAGAAUAACUCGUAGAUUAUCUUGGUUUUUUUCAGAUUGUUAGGAAGUUGAAAUUCCAGGCGAUCAGCUUCUUCUUGUAUCUAUUGUGGGAACAUAAUAACAGUUCGAAAACCCUUGAUGAGAUUUAAGUGUCUUUUUCGAAGAUUCCUACUUUCCUACUCCUUCAAAAACUCAGCAUGACUUUUUUUUGAUUGUUCUAUAUUAUUUUGAAAAGUUUCGAUGAGGCGUUUUUUCAAUCUUGCAAUAAAGAUGCUUUUUGGAAAUCCUUCACAAGUUUCUGCUCUUCCUCUUGUUUUGCUUUUUUUAUAAUAUUUGCUCAGACCAUUUUUUUUUCUUUCAACAUUUUAAGUAAUUGGAAAAUCAGAACAUUGUAAAAAAUAAUCUUGAAGUUCAAAAUUAUCGUGAUGAUUUGGUGAUUUUUUUCGAACUGUAACUUCAUAUUUCACAAAAGCAGUAGUAGACAACAAGCUGUGUAUCUCUUUCCAUAAUAAGAAAAAGGAGAAGAAACACUUUGAUUAUCAAAAAUGGUUUUACUAGUUUCAAGGUCCUCUCUGCGCCUAGUUUUUCGACCUCAAUAAAUCGCUCGUUUGCAGGGUACCAAAAUCACCUUUCCAUUCCCAUUUUACGGUCAUCGCAUGACCAACUUGACUAUCGCCACUGGAGGUUCAUUUUUCCAUCCGUUUCGAUCUUUAUUUCAAUAUUUCAGGCUUCAUUUAUAUUGGCGACCAAACGCAUAAUUGGCUGGCCGCCACGCAGUACAUUGCCCCUUUGAUGGCGAAUUUCCACACAUAUCUCAACGUUGGUUCAUUUCAUUCAAGCUUUUUUUUCACGGAAACUGUCUAGAAUUCGAAUAUCAUCUACGUCGACGACGGCAAGAUGUUCGUUGUCGAGUGGCGACGGGUUCAACUUCGCGAAGAAGCUCAAAAUAGUUUGAACUUCUCUUUUUCUUCCGCAUUGAUCAGUCUUUUCAGAUACGUUCUCUUUCCAAGUCAUUCUUCAUAAAAACGGAGACAUCGUCUUCGCUUACAAAGAUGUGAGGCCAUUUUUUGAUCAUAUACUACGUUUUUCGCGACUUCAAAUGCUGUUUUUCUCUGAUUUCUCCUCGUUUCUCGGCAACUCUCUCAUGAUUAUCUGUUAUUUUUAUGUUUCUCUGACCUCGCCAGUGAGGGAACAGAGAGACGCAGACGCUCGAAAACUUCGCGGCCAAUGGCCUAUAUGUUAUUAAAAUCAAGAGUUGAAGUCACAAUCAAGUUGUUUUUUGAUUAUAUUUAUACUUUACUCCAUUUUUCAAUAUUCAAAGAAAUUCUUACCCAAGGUCUCAUUUAGAACUGCAAUCUGUCUUUUUUUUCCAAAUUUAUAUGAUCUAUUAAUUUUUUAAAAGCUCCAAUUUAAAAAUCACAUUAUUGACGUUCCCUCUAACCAGUGGUAAAAAAAUUUCAAAAAAAAAACUGUAAGAGUGCCAUUUUCGAAUAAUUUAGUGGGUUUUAUUAACAGGAAACGUGAGCUGACCCCAAAAAUACAAGAAAAUUGAAUUUGCUCCAAAAAUGCUACCGCUUGCAAACCAUUGUAAAAAAAAGCCUCCUUUCAACCCAGAAAAAUGGAUUAUAUACGGAAAAUAAAAAUCCUGAAUGUGGUCAGGUGCCGAUGGACGUGGCGAAUAUCAGCGACGCGAAUCACCCGGUGAAGCUGGGAAUUUCGGACGCCUACCUCUUCCAACAUCCCGCCGACGCUCAUGGAAUGGGCCAGCCGAAACGCGUCAUCUACGAGUAUCAUCGGGUCGAAGUGCCACUCACAAAAGUCACGUCCAACUCCGUCGUCAUCCUCGAGGCUCAGCCCAGUUGGUCUUUCGCCUUUCAAUCCAAUCAGAUCCGUUUCGAUGAGACACAGACUUUUUUGUGUCGCAGAUUGCCGAGUAGAAACGAAUGGCUCUUUUGGCCUCACCCAAUAAAAUCCCUCUUUUGGCAAAAAAAUGUUUUCUUCUAGUUUCUAUCAUUUAACUUUUUCUGAAGAGCUAAUUGAAACAAAAAUGUCUUUGAAAAACUUCAGAAAUUCAGUCAAGCUCAACGUUAAUUUGAGAAAAAAAUAUAUCUUUUUUCACUCUCUGAAGUCUAUUAUGAAUUUCGCGUAAUCACUUUGAACACGGCAUCAACUUCUAUAGCUUUUGAAAGCUAAUUUUGAAAUUUAUUGAAAAAGCGGUUCCUAAGAAUAGGUGUUGUAAGAUCCAAAAAAAUUUACUUUUUUUUGUUUGGCUUUUGUUAGCUUUUCUUCCUUAAGCCUUAUUUUCUUUUUUCUUUUUUUACCUUUCAACCUUCUCUGAUGUUCAUUUUUCCGUUAUUAGUGGAAAACUUUGCAGCGUGCAUCCUGAUCGAUAACUGUGAACAGUGUUCGAAUGCCACACUCAAACACUUCAACUGCACGUGGUGUCAUUCCAAGAAGAAGAAUGGCGGUCCGUUUUGCACCGACGACGCCGGGUACAGCAGUUUCGAAAAGUUGUUUGAUCAAAUCCGAUGAUUUUGAAGCUUGCAUCGACGGAGGCAACAUUGGGUCGAAGGAAACUGCAAGGAUCGGAGCAGAAGUUUGUAUUGCGACGGAAAGGACGAAGACGAGGUCGACGACGACGACAAGUUUGUUCUCUUUUUUUUUGGAGCAUCGAGAAAAAAAAAACUCGUAUCAAGUUUUCUAAUUCGAUAAAUGGUCUUGUUCAGGUCGGGAUCUUCUGAAUCUGGGUCUCCGUCUCAGCCAGACGUUGUUGUUCUUCCAGAUGCCUCAAGCAAAAAUAAAGGUGAAUCUUUCGUUUCAAGUUUCAUUCAAAAAAAAAAAAUGGGUCACUUCGUUACUUUCUUGAAGUUUUAAUUUUUUAUUCGGGAAAAUAAAAAAAGCAUGGUUGCAAAGUAAGGGCUAAAAUGCAAGGUUUCAGAACUCACUGAGAUUUUUUUAGUGCAUCAUGUACUUUAUCAAAAUAAAAAUUUUCCGCCUUCUAGCUGGGUACAUAAUGACACAAAACCUUUUUAUCUGCAAAAAUGUCUUCAAAUUUUGAGGCAUCGUAAUUUUACUGAUACGUUCUUGGUGAAAAAAAUCAUAUUACUAUAACAAUCUAACAGGUAAUAUCAGUGAAUAAUGAACCUGAAUGGUGAAAAAGAAUUAUAUAAACUUGUAUUUUUUUGCAUCGCCCUUGUUAAUGUAUCAUUUCAAAAAAAUAACACCAUAGAUAAUCGUUUUUCUCAAGAAUUUUUCAAGCGCAAUAUUUUUUUGUUCAAUAGUUCAAAAGAAGAAUUACACCAUAGAUAAAAAUUUUUCUCAAGAAUUUUUCAAGCGCAAUAUUUUUUGUUCAAUAGUUCAAAAGAAGAAGUUAAUAACUUGCAGCUUCGGCGAGCAGCGGCUCGGCCUACGCCUUCUCCGUCAUCAUGCUCCUGCUAGUCUUUCUGUUCGUCGGCUGGCUGGCCUACGCCUACUAUUAUCCGCACACGACCAGCGGCCAAAUGCUAAUCAAGGUACACGAGUUUUUAGUCAACAUUAUUAUAUUUUUUCUGUUCAUCGAUUAAAGGUUAGUAUAGUCGAAAAUAAUGAUUUGCGUGUAAAAAUAAUAAUCACAUUUAUGGGGCUAAAAGAUUUUUUCGACCCAUUUAUUUUUCUUCGAAAUUCAAUAGGCUGUCCUAGAAACUUUACUAAAAUAAACUUUUGGAAAAAAUAUUGAAUUGAAGUUCUGUCGCUCAAGGGACUUAAAAAGAAGCAUAUAAAUUUGGAGCGCACGAGCUUUUUGGCAUUUAUUUUUGAGUGAAUUUCUACUUUUUAAAUUUAAUUUAAAUUUAUGAUUGUCCGUAUUCAUAUAUGAAAAAAUUCCUCAAAAAGUCACGUCAUCGAUUCUGUUGCCCAGAAAAGGAUAACCAUUUUUUGCAGUACCGCCCGUCUCGGUGGCACGUUCCGAGCUCCCAUGUCCGGUACAGUGCUUCUGUGCACAUGUGA